GGGAGGGGAGGGAUGGGAUGGCGGUGAGGCCACCGGGCUGCGGCUAGAGGCUGGUGGGGGGGAAGGGGCGAGCGCCGGAGCAGGAGCCCUCGGGCAGUUGCAGCAGCGUUGCAGCUCGGGGACCCGCAGUUCCGGGGUGUAACUGUUUCCUGGUCUCCGCUUGAAACCUGACCGAGACAUCUGAUCGCGUUUCCCGCAGGAUUCAGUGCUCCCAUCCCUCCCCCUCCACCCGGCUGAGCUGGAGCUCCACCAGUGCACUUCACAGCCUGGCACCUUAAUGGCAACAGAAGUUGAUGGUGGCCCGAGGUAUUUGUGGGCAUAAAAGAUUUGAGCUGCAGCUGUAUAAAACAAGGGCUGAAAAUUAAAGAAUGGCAGCAAAUCCUUCAGGCCAAGGUUUCCAGAAUAAAAAUAGGGUUGCAAUCCUGGCAGAACUAGACAAGGAGAAGAGAAAGUUACUUAUGCAAAACCAGUCUUCCACAAAUCACCCUGGAGCCAGCAUUGCACUUGCAAGAUCACCGCUGAACAAGGAUUUCCGUGAUCAUGCUGAGCAGCAACACAUCGCAGCACAGCAGAAGGCUGCACUGCAGCACGCACAUGCACAUUCCUCAGGAUACUUCAUAACUCAAGACUCUGCGUUUGGAAAUCUUAUUCUUCCUGUCUUACCUCGACUUGAGGCAGAAUGAGGAAUGUUUUUUCUCAGAACUGCAAGAUCUGAUUUUUGUCCACAGCAGGAACUGUCUGACCUUUUAAUUUCUUUACUUAUCUUAAAACCUAUUUUUUCUGGAUUUUUGUGGUUGCCUUUUGGGAGUGUGAGCUCUAAUGAUGAAAAAGCAAUGUUGAACAGCAGUUCUUACUCUGUAUUUCUAUUCCUCUGUCAGUCAGAGGUAAGACUUCCUUGAUGUGUGAAGUGCAUAGUGCUUGCUCUUCCCUGUUUCUGUGCUUCCUUUAAAGAAAUGUCCAAACCCAAGUCAUCAAGAGAUGCACACUCUGUCAGCAUUUAUGUUUCUUUUUAUUGUGUACAGGUACUAUAUUUGACUUUGAUGAAAGACAAAAGUUACUUUUGUCCAUCAAAACAGACAUGAAUCUAUCAAUCAAAUGCACCAGUCAGUUGUUUUUGUUGGGUUUUUUACUUUUUUUUUUUUCCCUUUUCUGUGUGCAGGAACAUUACUAGUGUACCGUUUGCUGUUGUAGUAUCAUCUGGUCUCAAGUCCUUAGAUACAGUGUGCCUGCCUCUUAUUUUGUUUUGUGAAACACGAAAACAAAGUGGGGAAAAAAGCAAUUGUUUCAAACAGUCUUUUAACAGACAAAGUUAAAGAAGUCUUUUAAGUUGUCAACAUUUCAGAUGGAAAGUGUUUGCAAGGACAAUUCAGCUUAAAAGAUCAUAUUUUUCUAGUCAUGCCUUUUGCAAUACCUAGUGUGUUUCAUUUUUGUUUGCUUUUUUCCUUGUUGUUUUUAUCGGUGGUAAUCAAUUCCAGCUCCAUUCUGAAAGACAAUAUAUUGACCUUAAGGUAAAUUAUUUUGUAAUUGUGAUCAUGCUACCAGCAUUAAGUAACUUGGAGUGAAAAAGUCGUUACCUAGAUGUUCUUAUAUGUCCACAACUUUACUAAUGCAGUUAUGCUAGUAUAUUAAUUGCUUUACGUAUGGAGGGAAGUUUUAGAAAACAAAAAGAACAAGAGAACUUAAGUGAGAACUAGAAAUCAGAAAGCAACUGUUUAAUUGGUGCCCAUUUGGUGCAGCUCUGUCCUUUUCAGAAACUUAGCUGUCACACGGAGUUUCUGGGGUUGUAGUCUACAGAUUUCCUUAGUGACAUUUAGGGUAACCUCUUUCUGGUCUGUCCCCCCUGCAGGGGAUUGCUGAACCCAGUAAGCACUACUGAACUAUAAGCCCUGUUAACAAUUUCAUUUGUCAUGAGUACAGAGUGAGGGCCAAGAGAUGAGUUGCAGGUAUGAGGAAAAUGGCACUGCUUUCAUGUACCUCAGCUGAGUACAGACCCUUGUAGAAGCUGUAGCAUUACUGAAACAUUUUAAAGGAAGAAAAUCUUGUGGAGGAGGCCUGACAGAGCUUAAAGAUGUGCAACUGUAACAUGAGCUAUUCAUAUCGUGUGCUUUUUGUGAGGGGUCUGAUGUGGUAAAUCAUAGGAACCAUGAUGGGUUUUGUGGGCAAUGGAGAAAGAAGUACUGUCAUUUCUGUUUUCGGUGGUUGGCUUUGCAUAGCUUUUUAAUCACCAAGAGUAACUUUACCAUGAA